AUGAUGAUCCACCUCACUCCAGACCAUCCACUCCUCGAUGUUUCCAACGAACACUAUCAGAAUCAGCAACAGCAAGGUGAGCUCGUAGAUUCUUAUCAGCUUCUGCACCUCCAUCCACUCCUCGAUCUCAGUGGUGUACUCACCGCCUCUCUAGUGGUGGAGGUCGAUGACCGAGCAAAGGGAGGUGGCGGCGAGCUUGGCAAUGUCGUCCACGAGGAUGAGGUCGGAGUCGAGAUAAAUGACGUGUCGUACGAAGAAGGGGACGAGGUUGGCGAGGUAGUUGCAGGCGUAGUUGUAGGGGCAAUCAAGGGCAUAGCAGAUGGAGGUGGAGAUGAGGCUGGAGACAUUGGAGUUGUCGAAGGGGUAGAUUCAUAA